GUCAUCGCCUGCGGCCUCCGGUGGAUGCCGGGCGACUUCCGCUGCGCGGCGACGGGCGCGCGGCUCGACCCGAGCUCGUUCUACGAGCACGAGGGCCGGGCCUACUGCGAGGAGGCCUACCGCGAGCUGCUCUUCACGUGCCACCGAUGCAAGCGGGGCUGCGCCUUCGACGGGUCCGACGCCGUGCGCGCGCUCGGCGAGACGUGGCACGCGGCGUGCUACCGCUGCGACAACGGCGACUGCCCGAACGACGGGCGCCUCGAGGGCGGCGUCGCCUUCGGCAGGGACCAGAAGGACGGGCGGGGCGUCAUGCCCUUCUGCGAGGACUGCUUCCGGGCGUCCUUCGCGCCGCGGUGCCCCGCGUGCGGCACCGGCGUCGUCGCGGGCCGCGACCGCUACGUCGACGCGUGCGGCGGCCGGUGGCACGCGGACCACUUCCGCUGCGCGGCGACGGGCGCGCCCCUCGAGGGCGAGGCCUACUUCGAGCGCGACGGGUUGCCCUACAGCCGACAAGCCUACCUCGACAAGUUCGGCGAGCGGUGCGCGGCGUCGGGCGAGGUCAUCGAGGGCGACGUCGUCCGCGCGGGCGGCCGCGCGUGGAAGCCCGAGCACUUCCGCUGC